GAGGAUGAAUUUGAUAAAAGAAAUUUGUCUGAUACAAGACGACGAUCGAGGAGCCUUGCUAGUAGUAAAUAUUCAAAUGAGGAUAUGUAUUUCUCCAAGAAUAAAAAUAAGAGAAGACAAAAGAGGGGUUUGAGUAUGAGAUCAGGUUCCUCUAGUUCUAGUACUAGAAAAAUUCAUUAUGAUAAAAAUAAAUCAAGAAAUAAAAGAAGUGACAGAGGUAAAGAUAGUGAUAUGUUCAGAAUGAGGGAUAAAUAUAGACGCUUAGGAAAAAGUCACAGUCAAUCGUUUUCACCUAGUAGGGUCAUAUAUGUGGAAAAUGGGCAAAGGAAAGAAAAGAAAAAUGAAACACACCACGACAAUGUGCUAAACAUAAAAGAUAUAACAUAUAAAAGAAUUAGUGAUAGCGCAGAUGAAUAUAAUAAUAGCGAAAAAAAAAACAAAGCCGUUUUAAAACCGAAUCCUCGAUUUGUAGGGGAUAAUCCAAAUCCAUUUAUGCAGCCACCAACAAUGAUGAACAACCAAGAGAUGUCAAGUUACAACAUGAACAAUAUUCCGAAUUUUUAUCAGGGGAAUUAUGUAGUGGGUACUAAAAACCUGAUGGAUAACAGUAACAAUUUUAUUUGUAAUAAUAUGAACAAUAAUUUUGUAAAUUCAAGAUAUCAAAACAAUAUUCAACAAAAAAAUGGGAAAUUCUUACAGAAUAUUAAUAAUACAAGUGUAUCAUCAUCUGUUAAUUUUAUGAAUACCAAUAGAUUUAAUAAUAAUGUAAAUAAUAAUAAUUAUGGUUUUCAAAAAAAUAAUCUGAUUAAUAAUAAUAAUAAUACUAAUGUAGUUGGUACUGUUCCUAUAGAUGAACAAAUAAAUAACACACAAAAUUUUAUAAAACAAAAUAAUAAUAAUAUGAGAAAUCAACAAACAUUUUUUAGCAACACACAUAAUGAAAAUAAUGUUAAUACACAUCAGUAUUUUACACCUAAAGCUAAUAAACAACAAAUUUUUAAUACUAACAUUACAAAUAUAGAUAAACAAAUAAAAACACAACAACAGAUUCAACCAAAUGUUAAUGUUGUACUUCCAAGUGACUCCCAUAAUGUUUCAAAUGUGCAAUCGGUUGGAGAGGUCUCGAAUAAUAUACAAAAUGAUCAUAUGAAUGAUAAUAUGCUUAAUAAUGCUUUAAAUACGAACGAAGAUGGAAAACAGUUAGUAGCUAACCAAGAAAAUGUAGUUGACCCAUCCAACGUCAUAAUAAAGAUACAAAAGAAAUGUCUUUAUUUACCAAAUUGUCAAUUUGGAGAUAAAUGCCGUUACAUUCAUCCCGUUGAAAAUUGCCGAAAUUGGCCCUAUUGUGCCUUCGGGUCGGAAUGUAUUUAUAUACAUCCAAAUGUUCCCUGCAAAUUUG